AUGUCGCGUCUUGCAUCACGGUCCGCCCAAGCUGGGCUUCGGCACCUAAAAGCUUCAACCUCCAGCCGGACAGUACCGCGAUGUCUCGCACUCGGCGCAAACGUGCGCUCAUAUGCCACAGAGAAGAAGGAGCCCUCGGGACCCAGUUUCCAGGGCCAGAUGCUUGAGAGUAUCAGCUCGCGUAUUCAGCGCGAAAAGGCAGAGCGAGAGAAGUUCGCACAGCAGAGGCAACAGUCCGCCGGGUCAAGGCGAUGGGCUACAACAUUCGUUGUCCUUGUCGCCACGUUAGCCUCGUACUACAUGGGCACCUUGGCCCCCCGCGAUCCCGCAACGAACUCGACACUGCCCCUUGCAAUGACCCGCGACCCGAAACAUAAGAACGAUAAAGCGAACCUCGAGGCGGCAUGGUCUGAAUUCGCUGCUGUCGUUGGAAAGGAGAACGUCAACACCCUCGACGACGUCCUACAUUCACAUGCCAACUCCGACUGGUCCAGCUACCGCAACGAGGAAGCUCAGAAACCAUUUAUGGUAGUCUACCCAGGCUCGACAGAGGAUGUCAGUCAGAUCAUGAAGAUCUGCCAUGCGCGGCGGAUUCCAGUGGUUGGUUACAGCGGCGGUACGAGUCUGGAGGGUCACUUUACGCCGACAAGGGGCGGCAUCUGCGUCGACUUUGGGAGGAUGGACAAGAUCAUUCAGCUGCACAAGGACGACAUGGAUGUUGUGGUACAGCCUGCGGUCGGCUGGGAGCUGCUUAACGAGGAGCUCAGCAAGGACAAUCUGUUCUUCCCUCCCGACCCAGGUCCAGGCGCCCAGAUUGGAGGCAUGGUCGGUACUGGAUGCAGCGGCACCAACGCCUACCGAUACGGCACGAUGCGGGAAUGGGUUCUCUCCCUCACUGUUGUACUAGCCGACGGUACAGUCAUCAAGACGAGGCAAAGACCCCGCAAGAGUUCUGCCGGUUACGAUCUUACGAAGCUGUUCAUUGGAAGCGAAGGGACUCUUGGUCUUGUCACCGAGGCGACCCUGAAGGUUACCACCAAGCCUGCUAGCACGAGCGUGGCUGUCUGCAGCUUUGGCUCAAUUCGCCAGGCUGCAGACUGCGUCGCCAAGGUCGUCGGCCAAGGCGUGGCAGUGGCAGCUGUCGAAAUUCUCGAUGACGAGCAGAUGAAGUGCAUCAACCAAGCCGGUUCGACAUCAAAGCAAUGGAAAGAAGCGCCCACAUUGUUCUUCAAAUUCUCGGGUACCGAUCGCGGCGUCAAGGAGCAGAUCAGCAUUGUCAAAGAUAUGGCCAAACAGGCAGGCAGUCAGAGCUUUGAAUUCGCCCGUUCCGAGGAGGAAAAGGCGGAACUGUGGAGCGCGCGCAAGGAGGCGUUGUGGAGUACCAUGGCUGUUGCGAAGCCAGGCGAGAAGGUGUGGACCGGCGAUGUUGCAGUGCCGAUGAGCCGACUCCCUCAACUCAUCGAGGACACCAAAGACGACAUGAAGAAGAGCGGCAUGUACGGCACCAUCGUCGGCCAUGUCGGCGAUGGAAACUUCCACAUCAUACUGCUGUCGAACGAGGAGCAAAGGCAUGCGGCCGAGGAGCUUGUACACCGCAUGGUGAAGAGGGCUGUCGAGCUGGAGGGGACAGUGACAGGCGAACAUGGUGUUGGUCUCGUCAAGAGGGAUUAUCUCCCCCACGAGCUGGGGGAGAGCACUGUCGACACCAUGAGACAGAUCAAGCUCGCACUUGACCCCCUCUGCCUCCUCAAUUGCGACAAAGUGGUCCGGGUGCAGCGGCCUAAACCGGGUGAGGUUGCCGAAUGGUGA